GUGGCAGAUGUCUUUCUCAAAUGUCGCCGUUGAAUAUCAUCGAGGGUCACGUCUGGAAAGUGUUUUCCUCCCCUCCGUGGGUCCUCGACAUCAUCGACGUGGACGACGAGGAAGAUACAAACGAACGCGUUGACAACUUUUCGAAUCGUCAUUGAUUAGCCGAACGUUCACUUUCUAAUAAAUGUUUGACAAAUUCUGAAUCUCGGUAACCUUUACACUCGGAUGUCAAUUGAUAGAAACAACCUUACGCAACAGAAUUAAAGGCUAAUAAAAUGGCACACAAAACGCACCAGGCUGCGAACGAAACAGAGCUCGAGACGAUGGCACAAACGGAACUCUCAAGGCUGAAGAGGCAAUACAGGAUAAUGGAGAACGACCGGGUCGCUUGCGUGGAGGAUGCGAAAUUACAGCUUCGUAAUCAAUUGAACAUGAUCGACCGUUUGGAGUACGAGAAGGCGGAGCUUCUUCUUCGUAUUAAAACCGCCAGCUCGAAAACGUUUAUCCGUCAGGAUAAGGAAAUGGAGGAAAAGCUCAAGUGUCUGUUAGAGAUGCAAGAAAAAUAUGAGAGUAUGAUAGAAACAGAGAAGCAGGAAAUAAACGAACUCGACGAUCAUAUCCGCAAGUUAACGAAGGAAACCACGUACUUGAAAUCAAAAGUUCGAACGGAUACGCAACUUAAGGAGAUGGCUCUACGACAAGACAAAGUGUCUUCGAUGUUGGAGAAUCGUUUGGAAGUGGCGACAAAAAGAUUCAACGUUGUGAUUACUCAAAAUGCGAAACUUCGUGAAGAAAUCGAAGCGUUGCUGAUCGAAAGGACCCAGUUCACAACGCUUUGGAAUAAACUUAUCAAUCAGUUGAAUGCUGGAAAGCAAAUUAUCAACGAUUUGGUAGAACAAACUACAAUCGCGUUUAAUCAAAGGGACGAAGAGAUGAAUAAGAUUCAAGCGCUUCGCGAUAGAGGAAUAAGAGAUUUGAAGGCGCACGUGUCAGAAAUGUGCGAGCUACAAAGAACUUUGGACAACGAGAUGAAAUUGCAAGAAUUCCUUGGAGUAAAGGGACAGUAUCGCGAGAUGGUCGAUUUAAAUAUCAAACGAGAAGCCGAAAGGAAAGCGAAGCUGGAAGAGAAGCAAAAUAAGAUUGCUUCUUAUAAAGAAAUUUUAUACAUGAUCAAAGAAUUUACUGGUGAAGAAGAAAUCGACAAACUGAUCGCGCAUUUUAUCAAACAAGAGGAAGAAAACUUUGCUCUAUUCAGUUACGUGAACGAAUUAAACGAUGAGCUGGACGGCCUCCAAGCGAGAAUGUCCCAGUUGACAACAGCUAUCGAGGAAGCACGUGUUCUGUUCGAACAUCGUGGCCACGAACAGACCGAGACAUUGGAGAAGCUCAAGAAAGAACUCGAAGAGCAAACUGUUCUUGCUGAUACGUCUGAAGAAAGUCUGAUACAGUGUGACGACGUAAUGGAGAAGCUACUGAAGGGAAUCGAUUCCCUGUUCAAAGCGAUUCGUUGUGACAAUUCACCGAUCCUCGAACUACUGGGUGAUCAUGAUCAGAUAACAAGAAACAACGUCAUGUUGUACUUAGGAAUCAUCGAGAAACGAAUAACACAAAUGUUCCAUAAAGUUUAUUGGAUAGAUAAAGCAACGAAGGCGCAACAUUUGCGACUCGAUGAGGAAAAGAGGCCCAAAUUGAAAGUACCUCCUAUUGAAUACAUUGCCCCUACCCAGCCUUGUGCCCUGUGA